CUCGGCUUGGCGACGAGAGCUGUGCGUCCCGGCGUCGGGCGACUGGCUGAGACACCGCAUCUGUGGGGGCGCAGACGGCAUCAUUCUCGAGAAUACACCUCCUUUCUGUACCCUACACCAUGCGAAUUGCUCCUCUCGACGAUGCCGAGGUCGAACUCAGCCUGCUGUCCCCCCGCGCACGAGAAGACUCAGAAAGCAGCAGCGAGACCCUCUAUGAGGAGCUUGAUAUCGACGAGGAGAAUGUCAAGCCUGUGCUCAAGGACCGGCCCGCAACGUGGAAGGAGAAGAAGGGCAUGAUUCUACUAACAUGUCUAUUCCUCAGUCAGGGUGUACCAUUAGGCCUCGUAACAGGCUCACUGCCCUUCCUCCUACGAAGCCGGCUGACUUACUCCCAACUGGCGACCUUCUCACUCUCCGUAUAUCCUUAUUCCCUCAAGCUACUUUGGUCACCCCUCGUCGAUGCUCUCUAUUUCCCUUCCAUCGGUCGCCGGAAAUCAUGGCUCAUGCCUCUACAACUACUAUCUGGCACUAUAAUGCUUAUACUAUCAUUUUAUGGAGAUCACAUGGUGGACAAUGCUGUUGACUACUUGUACACUCUAACUGCUGCUUUCACAUUCCUCAUAAUGGCGGUCGCAACUCAAGACAUCGCGGUUGAUGGCUGGGCCCUCACACUGCUAUCCGAACGACACAAAUCGUACAUCCCAACCUGCCAGACUAUAGGGCUGAGCACAGGCUCACUCCUGUCGUAUACUGGAUUCCUUGCGCUCAAUAGCGAAACAUUUGCCGCGAAACACGGCAUCCCGCGGUUGACACUCGGAGCUUACUGCAUGUUCUGCGCAAUGCUGUCAUAUGCGCUCACGCUCUGGCUGCUGUUCGAGAAGGAGAAAGACGUUGUGGAAGAAGGUGACAUGAGCCUCAAAGCGAUCUACGUCAAGAUGUGGGAGAUCAUGAAGUUCCGACACGUCCAGACGCUGCUCAUCCUCCUGCUCGUCGCAAAGAUCGGCUUCCAAGCCGACUCCGCCGUGUCCACGCUCAAGAUGGUCGAGAAGGGUUUCAGCAAGGAGGACCUCUCCCUCACCGUCCUCAUCAGCUUCCCCUUCCAGAUCUGCGGCGGCUGGCUCGCGGGCCGGUGGUCCAAAGGCGAGCGGCCGCUCCGCGCGUGGAUGCAUAUGUACUGGCCCGCGUUUGCGCUCGUGCUCCUGUCGACGCUGACCGUGUACUGGUUCCCCCAUCCCCCGCUCCCAAUUGCCUGGUAUGUGUUCAUUAUCGUGCAGAGCAUUGCGAGCUCGUUCGUUAUGACGAUCCAGUUUGGAGGUAUGACCGCGUUCCACACACGGAUAUCGGACCCAGUCGCCGGAGGAACGUACAUGACGUUGUUCGCGACCUUCAACAACCUAGGUCUCCUAUGGCCAAGGUAUUUCGUUCUGAAGGCUGUCGACGUCUUCACCGUCGCAACCUGCAGCGUGUCCGCGCCCAGCAGUACCCUCGAUCAGCUGGCGACGCCCGCAAGCUGUAUCACAAAAUCGGAGAAGGCCGCAUGCACAGCGCUCGGCGGGACUUGUGACGUCCAGCAGGACGGGUACUAUGUGAUGUCCGUCGUGUGCCUCGCCGUCGGCAUCGUCCUCCUCAUCUUCUUCAUGAUCCCGACCGCGCGCAGACUGCAGUCAAUUCCACCAAAGGAAUGGCGCGUGCGCUCAUCAUAACGCUAGCACAUUGCAUUCCAACCCCCGCGAUCCUUCACGCAUGGCUAUGUGGAAUGCAUUUCAUGGACAUCACGAUGUCUCAUCACACACAUGUCUCUGUACCCUCUCGCAAUUUUAUGUAUUUAUCGCACAUUUUGACCUUGCCCUCAUCUGAUGUAUGGUCCACAAUGUGUACCUUGUGGGGAACUUCUAUAAUUGCAUUUGUCCAGAUCUGUCCACCCACAGUCAAAAUCAUUGAUCAGGGGCU